GACUACAACAAACACAGAUAGUGAUCCCCAGCUCAAGGGUAUAGUGACCAGGUUAUAUUGCAGGCAAGGCUACUACUUGCAAAUGCACCCCGAUGGAAGUCUCGAUGGAACCAAGGAUGACAGCAGUAAUUCUACUUUAUUCAACCUUAUACCAGUGGGGCUUCGAGUUGUCGCUAUCCAGGGUGUAAAGACUGGGUUGUAUAUAGCCCUAAAUGGAGAAGGUUUCCUCUACACAUCAGAACUUUUUACACCAGAGUGCAAAUUCAAGGAGUCUGUUUUUGAAAAUUAUUAUGUAAUCUACUCAUCCAUGCUCUACAGACAACAGGAGUCCGGGAGGGCCUGGUUCUUGGGGCUGAACAAAGAAGGGCAGGUCAUGAAAGGAAACAGAGUGAAGAAAACAAAACCAGCAGCUCAUUUUCUACCCAAGCCAUUGGAAGUUGCCAUGUAUCGAGAACCAUCUUUGCAUGAUAUUGGAGAAACAGUGCCAAAGGCUGGGGUAACUCCAAGUAAAAGCACAAGUGCAUCUGCAAUAAUGAAUGGCGGCAAACCAGUGAACAAGAGCAAGACGACAUAGCCAGAUCCUCACAGGUGUUGUGACUUUACUGAGUCCCAAGUACAGUUGAGUGAUUUAUCCUUGCCAGACUUCCCCUUGGCAGUGUCUGUGGAUCAGCUUGUGGCAAGUCACCAGCUUGCCCGUUGCUGUUUCUGAACUGAGUUGUUGCAAGUGGAUAAAUCUCAACAUGUAGCUCCACCACAACGAGAAGACACCUGGAUGAACCAGCUAAACUCAGACCAUGGAAUGCCCUACCAGAUAUUGGAAUGCCUUUUUAAUAUCUUUUCUGUGACUGUGACACUUCAUGUGAAUGACAUACUUCACAAGUACACUUGAUACCUUGCCUGCUGACAAUUGCCCAUAAUCCCUUUUUGAGUCCAGUUUCAGCAAAAUCCAUGUGUUUAAGUUCUAUUUUGUAGCACACAAAUAAUCAAGUAAUUUCUAGUUAGAUGCUGUAAACCUGUGCUAUUAUGGAUUUCUCUUCUUCCCUUUUUUAUAAGGCUGCUCGCUCCACUGUUUGUGACCUUUUGCAGGGAUUGUGUUUCUCUAUAACUUAAGUGUUGCCGGUGGCUUAGUUUUGAAAGCAAUCAGGGAAUCAGGAAGCCUUCAAAAAUCUAUUAUUACAAAUUAUAUCUAUAAAGAAUAGGAUCGUUGUCUCUGGCUUAAAAUAUUGAUUAAAUGUGAAUACUCUUUAGUAACAGAUACUGUGCUUCUGAGGUUGGCAUUAAAGUGGAGGGAAGAGUGUCAAACACAACCAACGGGGAGUUUUCUGAAACGUGUGUUUGGCAUCCCCCUAUAGUUUCUUUUUGUGUGUGUGUUUUAUACAUAUCACAGGCUUACUGGUAAUGGUAACAUUUGCCUUGCCCAGCGAGCAAGACCCACUCAUUUUUGGAAAAGUGGGUCCAAAGAAUUUUGUAGGCCUUGUAGGUCUGAAUUAAGGCUCAUUUUUCAUCUACUAAAUCUUCAUUGUUUGAAAAACAACCACCACCAGUAAAAGAAAAAAAAAAGUAAGACUAAUCAGAAUUGUGCUACCUAACUCCAUUUCAAAUAUAAUCCUUUCCUGUUUUUAAGGAACUGAACUUAAUGCCAUUGUUAUUUUUGGCUGAAUCCCACACCUACUUAGCAAAGCAUGGGCAAGGAUGUUGUUGUGUUCUUUUUUGCAGCACCAAUGCAAAGGGUAGUUAAAAAUUAUAGUUUAAUAUUUCUGGUGUUUUAAAAAAAAAAAGAAGUUUUAAAACUGGACAUAUUACAAAACUUUAUUUUUAUUUUUAGCUAAGCAUGCAAAGUCCGGUCCUAUGUAUUUCACUGAUAUCCCAGUAUGUACCUCCACCCAGCUUCCUAGGAUAACAUGCCCACCAAAUUGCUAGAUUGAAGGUGCCUUGCCUUGAUCUCUAUAUACUGUACUUUCUCCUACAUGAACCUAGAAAAAUUUAAAAAACAUCAUAAAAUUGAAGCCUUGGAUCAUAUUACCAGAAACAACAUCAACCCUUAGAGUUUGUCACUUGUGAACAAUUAAACCAGUGUUGCGGGGGAUGAAGGAGGGCGGGGGAAAGAUUCAGAGAAUGCCACAGAGAUGCCACUGAAGUUUUUUGCACGCUUAGUCACAGGCUUUCAGAAGAUGAAAAUUACGGGCACUCUCUGUAUGCUUAAGAGGGAAUUUGUUUCUUAGAAAUGGCAGCAAAGAUCAAACUGUAUCUCAGCCUGGAAAACUGUGUGGCAACACUCUCUUGGCCUCUUGCUGUUACCUUGAUAUUUAAAGACAAAAAGAGGAAACCAUCCUUUUUUAGCACUGUAUUUCUGGCAAUUUGUUUUAUCACAUUUUUGAGCUGGAGUCCCUAACAGAGACUGCUGAUUAUUUCAAAUUCCCUGUCUGCUCAGCUGAACAGUCUGAUUCAGUCUGAAUGAACUCUUCAUACUCGUUUUCAAAUGCAUUCUGUUUUUAUAAGCAACAUUUAGUGCACUCUUCAAGGAGGCUACUGUAAAGCUGCUAAAUUCUAGGUAAACUUUUUCUUUUUUUCUGUAGGUCAGACUUAUUUUUGUAUGUGUGAUAUGAGAACAGCAAGAUAUAAUGCUUGAUGUUGGGUCUUUCUAGGGAGGGAAUGAGUUAAGCAUGAAGCCCUCUAUCCAUAUAGAGAAAAAAAAAAAAUAAACCUAAUCUAAAACUGUGAUAAAAAUGCAAAGAAACUUUGACUUGAGACUGUGUCCUUGCCUGCUAGCACUAAAUCUGUGUGCGUGGGGAAACAACACUUUUAUUAGAAACUUUGGUGUGCCCUUCUCAUCCCAUCUGGUCCAGUGGGAUUUGUGCACCAUCCCUGAGAAAACAAAAUCAAACCAAAGCAACUCAGAUGGUGAGCUGGGGGCUUGCUCUGCGCUGCAGGACCCACGAGGGGCAGCAGCCUUGACACUGUCCUGUCCGCUGGGUCCUGCCAUGGCCCCAGGCCUUCCUACAAUUGUUAGAGGAGAACUUCACAGUGCUUCAAGUAAGAUAAAACAGCUGAAGGCUACGUUCUCUCUCACCUGAUACAUGAGGAGGGAAUACAUGAGUUCAUGUCCCAUUCAGCUGUCUUUUAAUUCACCCAGUGUAAGAGCCUGAGGAGAGACAGGGCUGGAGACCUGGCUGAGCCAUGCAAGGAGGACCUGGUUCAUUGCCUGAUCCUACGUAAGAAUUGUUUUUAACAUUAACCUUUUGGUCCUGAGUAACUAUGAUCUGUGAACCAGUUUGGGAGGCUAUAAGUAAAGCCAGAUUUAAUUCCUUUAAGCAGUUAGUACAUACUGGAAAUACAGCUCUUUUUUUUCUUUUUUUUUUCUUUUUUUUAAUUAUUGUUUUCUGGUUUUGUUUCUGUGGGCUAAAUUCAUUUGAGUGUUUAAUCCAAUGAAUCAAUGUCCUGAUAUUUUUUUUCUACAAUCUGUUUAAACAUAACAAAGGUAUCUUUGUGCUUUGUUUCUUCCUUUUAAUUUUGUCUUGUCUCAUCUGUUGCAUGGGAAGAGUAUGACAAGGAUGAACUAACUGCAUGUUGUAGGUUGUGUCUGUCAAAGAACUGUUGGUCAGUGUUACAAAUUUACAUACAUAUAUGCAAAGAGUUUGUCUGCAUUGUACAGUUUGUGUUUAUUCUUAUUUGUUGUAUACACAGAUUCAACAUGAUGAAUAAAACAUUUAUAUGAAGGCAUACUGGAAACCAACAAAAAAGUCUAUGUAAGAAGUAGACUGUGCAAAGCAUCAUUGCAUUGGCCACAGGAUGGUGAAACUUCAUGUAAAUAGGUUGGCAAACUCAGUUCUCCCCCUUUACCAUGCCAAAGAAAAUUUCAGCUCCUUAAUAUAAUACCUCUCUUGCUGUUCUCCAGGAUGAGACUUCACCAUUUUCUUCCCUCUAAAAUUAAUUUUGCUGUUAAGUGAAAGCUGUUUUCAACUGUCUGUUACUACUAAGUACUGUAUAGUAAACCUGAUGGAAUCAAUUUGUAUUUACAGAUUGGGGUUUUUGUACUUACAUGUGCAGCUGUCCGUGAAUCUGCAGCGUUCCAGGUCUUUUGCAUGCUUGCAUUGUAUUUUGUUCUUCUGGGUUUCCUCUAAUCUCUGAGAGACUGUUCACACUGCAAUCUAACCUCAUCUUGCCAUUUUAUAUGUUAACACUGCACAGAGUCAUUUUCUUCUAUUUUUUUGAUCUGUAUUUCAGCUACAGUUCUAUUUGGCAAAAUCAGUCACACCUGCACAGUUUUAGAGAUCCAGUUUUGAGGAGAUAUGAACUACUUCAACAAAGCACUAUUUUGCUGUACUUCAAAAAUUUUAUAAAUACACAAGAAUCCUUAUGAGAUUGUUCACAUGAUAGAGCCUACAGAAGGGUCUCUAGCUCCUCUUAAGUGCUUUGUAGUUCACAUAACAGAGCUUCUGUUUAAUUUGCUAGUUUUUUAGCCAUUCUCAAUUGAUUUUUAAUAUACUGUCAUUUUCAUUAAUGCUGGUUCUUAAUAAACCCCUCCCAGCCCCUCCCCUUCACCAGGUAUAAAGUAAAGCAAUUCACUUUGGUAUAAAACUGAAACAAGACUAAGAACCCCGGCUUUACAUAUCAGGGAAACUUUUUGUCUUGGUUUAAAACUAGUUUAAGCAAUGAGGUAUGAAAGCAGGCAGUUUGGUCCAUGCAGUAAAAGUGUAUCAUGAUGAUCCAUCUGUUUGUUGGUAUAAAGAAUACAUUAUUCAGAUACAUUCAAAUGGGAAUGGAAGCAAAAUUAGACUAAGUAAGAAGGUUCUCUUUCUUUUAAAUGGCCCUUUAGAUAAAUUCAUAUUUCAUGCAAUGCAUUCCAAAAUGUUUAAUAACAGGGUUGGGUUUUUUUCUGUGAUGACUAAUGCAAAUGCUAUGAAUUAUUUUUGAAGAUGUAAUAUAUUUUUUGUUCAAUUACUUAGUCACAGAAAUAUUCAACUUAGCUUUCUUCAUCCCAGUAUCAUUUAGCUGUAUCAUUUAGCUACAAAGUGAGAUGCCAGUCUGCAAAGAAGCAAGGGCAAUGCACCAGAAAAGUGAGAGCAAGUACAUGAUUAAAUGCAUCUAUGUGUUUCUAAGAAACAA